AUGUCUCAUGUCUACUCCUCCAACGAAAACGCCAAAGCCGUUAAGGAUCUUUCAAAAUCCUACAAGAAUAAAUCAGCCAAGAGCGAAGGUCCCAUUUCCGACGAAAUCAAGAAAAUCGUCCACCCAUCGCGGACUUCAUUGAAAAGAAAGAGAGAGGAAAAAGGAGAAGAGGACGGGACCGUCAGAAAAAUGGAAUGGCUCAAGAUGAAGGCUAAGGACGCCGUGAUCCCAACCGAGACAAAUGCUGUGGUGAAGCCGGAGUAUCUCUUCAGGGAACCAGGAGCGAUCGUUUUCAACAUCUGUUACCCCUGCAAAAAAUUCAACUCAGAACGCCAGGUGGAAGUCGUCGAGCCUGGAAUGGUACAAAUCCCAUUGGCUUUGUGCAGUGUCUGUCGAAACCAUCUGAAUCUCCAGCGCCAAAUCAAGUUCUUCCAGUUCGAAAUUCCAACCGUCAAGAAGGAGUAUAAUCUGUAA